AUGGCGUUGGAAGGUGUUCUCCUCGGUAUGGGUAAUCCCCUUCUCGACAUUUCUGCUGUCGUCGACGAAGAUUUCUUGAAAAAGUUUGAUAUUCAGUUGAACAAUGCCAUUCUCGCUGAAGAUAAGCACAAAUCUAUGUACGACGAAAUGUCUGCCAAAUUUAAUGUGGAGUAUAUUGCUGGAGGUGCCACUCAGAAUUCAAUUAAGGUUGCUCAGUGGUUGCUUCAAGUACCUGGAGCCACUAGUUACAUUGGUUGCAUAGGAAAGGACAAGUAUGGCGAGGAAAUGACCAAGAACUCUAGACUCGCUGGUGUAAAUGUUCAAUACUAUGAAGAUGAAAAUACACCUACAGGAACUUGUGCUGUUUGUGUGGUUGGUGGCGAAAGGUCACUUAUUGCCAACUUAGCAGCUGCAAAUUGCUACAAGGUUGAUCAUUUGAAGAAACCCGAAAACUGGGCAUUAGUUGAAAAGGCCAAAUAUUUCUAUAUUGCUGGCUUUUUCCUCACCGUAUCCCCUGAAUCCAUACAAUUAGUUGGCGAGCAUGCAGCUGCAAAUAACAAGGUCUUCACGAUGAACCUUUCUGCACCCUUUAUCUGUGAGUUCUUCAAGGAUGUACAGGAUAAAGCUCUUGCGUAUGUUGACUAUGUUUUUGGAAAUGAGACUGAAGCGAGAACAUAUUCUAAAGUGCAUGGCUGGGAGACUGACAAUGUCGAGGAGAUAGCUCUAAAGAUAUCCCAGUUGCCAAAAGCAAAUGAAGCUCGUAAGAGGAUUACUGUUAUCACACAGGGUGCUGAUCCCGUCUGCGUUGCUAAAGAUGGGAAAGUGACAUUGUACCCUGUAAUUUUAUUGCCUAAAGAGAAACUAGUUGAUACAAAUGGAGCAGGAGAUGCAUUUGUUGGGGGAUUCCUUGCUCAAUUGGUUCAGGAGAAGCCUAUUGAAGAAUGUGUGAGAGCCGGGUGUUAUGCAGCAAAUAUUGUCAUUCAAAGGUCCGGCUGCACUUACCCAGAGAAGCCUGAUUUUCAUUAA